UAUAUGUAGGAACAUAAAGAUGCAUAUAAAUAAAUACUAUCAAACAAUUCCCAGUUCCUUAUUCUAGUUGAUUUAGGACCUCUAUCUAAUCUUUGUAUAAUAUACAAUAAUCCAAGCUUUUUCCUGAAAACAAGACCAAAUAGUUUCAAGCUACUUCAAAACCCUAAAAUUAACCACGUACCUUGAUUAAUUAAGCAUGGAUCAUGAUCCUUUAGCAACAAUGCAAAUCUCCGGUGUGAAUGUAACAUCUUGGGCAGUCGUACCAACUCCGACUCCGACUCCGACUCCGAUUACAACAUCAAACCCUAACACCACCACCCCUGUCGAUGACUUCUUUACGGUUCACAUUAGCUAUCAAAAUAACUAUAUCCCCAACUUCGUCGGAAAAACCACGACUUUCAAGAUGGAUAGACGUGAAAACCUAGUGUGGGAUGCAAUGUUUAAUGUUUCGGAUUGGCUAGAGAAGCUUGAUGUGCAUGGUGAUGCUCAUCCUUGUGCCAUUGAUGUCAUGACAGAAAGCUUUGAGUGUCUUCUCGAUGAGGCUUCCGAUGAUGGUUGCCGGCGUAAGUCUCUUGCAAUGGUUGUCAACAUCAACAUGGGUAAGGAGUUUGAGUAUGAUGAUGAUGAUGAUGAUCAAGACCCCAUGUUUUCUGAUGAUUUCGAUCAACUUUCCCCCCAAGAGGAGGAUGAUGAUGAUGAUGAUGAGCCUGAGGUUGAAUAUGAGGCGGUCCAGGAAGAGGAUCUUAUGGAUGAUGAUGACGAUGAUGACGACGACGAUGAUCUAGAAGAGCCAGAGGUCGAGGAUGAAGAGGAGGUUCGUAGUCAACUAAGGUUCCGACUAGAGGUAAGUGGAGUCGAUUUCUGUAACGGUUACACGGAGAAUUGUUGUUCGAUAUGUUUGGAUGAGUUUAACAAGUCACACGAUGUGGCUAAGCUCACUUGCUCUCAUAUCUUUCAUGAAGACUGUUUGCUUUCUUGGACUUAUGAGGAUCGGAAAGGCACUUGUCCAUUAUGUCGAUCAGAGUUAUUCAUGUGUUAAUUUAUUGUAUGCAAACAAGUAAUUAGAAAUUUGAUUAAGUUUGUAAUAAUUGUUAUUAGGGUUCGUUUGUAAAUUUGUAUUUUCAACCCCGCCUAAGUUAUUGGGACUUGUACGAGUACAUUCAUAUUAUUUUAUCAAUACAGAGUUCUGAGUCAGGAUCCUCUAGAGUUUUAAUAAAACUCUACAAGGUAGAGUUGUAUCUAAACCAUACAUUUUAAAAUCAAUGGCUCAUAUUGAUAAGAAAAAAUAGGGGGAAUUUUGGAAAGAUAAUAUGUGAACCAUUGAUUUUUUAUUCAAUAGUUGAUAUCCUCAAACUCUACCUUGUAGAGUUAUUUUAAAUUUAAAACACUAGAGGA